AUGACAGUCAAACGACUACUUUCAAAGCAUGCCGAUGAAUCUAAAGAAAUAAUUGGUUUCCAAUGCAAAGGAUUUGCAACAAGGCACAACGUUCAAACAAUAAUGCUACGGUGGUCUGUGAAUAAGCGAAGUCUCAACGAAACGUCUCCAAAGUAUGACAAAAUUUCGAAAAAUAUCGGAAUGUUUACUGGAGAUCUUGUUAUUCGAACUACAAACUUGCCUCAAAACUCAACAAUUCGAUGCUCUGCUUAUUCUACAAUUAUCACCAGAGAAUCUAAUAGGAUCCAAAUUUCACGAAAUAAAAAGUUACGAGUUGAUUUCAAAGAAUUAACGUCUGUCUCAACUAAUAGAGAAUUCGAUCACGUUACAAGUGUUGUCCUAUCGGACUUCCUUACCAUUUUGGCUGUGUCAAUAGUUGCCAUUUUGGCAACACUAGCAAUAAUUAUUUUGAAAAGAAAAGGAAUAAAUUUCCCAAAAGCAGAUGCAUUAACAGAUUCUGAACGUGAAUCUCCAGAAGGCUGUAGUAUGGACAACCUCUCUUCAGGUAGAAAUGAUAAAUACAUCGAAAGAAAAGAUAAGAAGCUCAUUAAGAUUGCUGCCUGA